UGCCUCGUAUCACCGAACGCAGUGCGGCUGUUUGAACCAGAGUAGAUUGUAUACAGAGGACUAGAGCUUUCCCCCAAGGACGAGUACUAAAUCCAUCAAAUUCAAGUUCAAAUGGCUUCCGGCAUCAACUCCACGAGUGUGCCCUCUGGCAUGCUGCCAUCAGCGAUCGAGGAACUGAUUCCGGGCCUUGGUUUCUUUUCUCAUUUGGUUUCUCUCUUUUUCGAUAUUGAUAUCUCAUCCCACCUACGUAUCUCUGCGGCAGUCCUGGCCGUUUUGCCCUUCGCUCUCCCAGCAUGUUGGAACCGGAUUAUUUUUCUCUUCCUAUAUUUUGCAACGCCAACUGAGAUAUGGAGCCAUAACAAAUUGUAUCCGAGCGCCAUGCGCUGGAUAUCCCUCCAACCAGCUUUGAAUCGGACCCGUCAGCUGGUAGCAGGUACAAGGACAAGUCUGUCCACGCCAUGGGAUGGCGACGAUGGCAAGGCCGAUGAUGAGAAAGACAUUCCCACGGAUACCCGAUUAUUUAGUCAGAGCUCAAGGGAAUUUUGGCUCAAAAGAAAAUGUCAUCAUCGUCUCGGUACACUCCGGUAUACACCUUCGCAGGAUAAAAUCCAUUUUUUUCACGUACAAAGGCUCUUGGGUUGCAUUGUAUCAUCAGCUGUAUAAGGAAGCAGUGAGCCCCUGGUUUGCGAAUAUGGAGAGACUUCAUUUUUAUGCAGUGCCGUGGAAAAGACACGUUCUCGAUGAUCUCAUGGAUGAGAUUUAUAAGACCCCUGUUAACGGAGAUCCCAAACAAGUCGCUGUGUACGAGGGGUUCAAGGUGGGGUCCAGUUUCCAAUGGAUGUAAGUGGCAUCUAAAGAGCCCCGAUUCUUAUCGACUGUAGCCUUGGAUCAAGAUAAGAAGAGGCGUGUUGUUGAAGAUCUCCGGGAAUUUCUAGACCCCAG